AUGCACUUUGUCAGACAGCGGAAGGAAUACACUUUAAUAGUAACUGAAGUUUCCCUUUUUUCUCUGUUUUUCCUACAGCUAUCACAAAAAUAUGGGCAAGUGUUCACCAUUCACUUUGGCUCAAGGAAAUGUGUGGUUCUUGCAGGCUUUAAGACCGUUAGAGAGGCCCUUGCUAACUUUCCUGAGGAGUUUGGUCAGCGGGCCAAAUUGCCGAUAUUUCAGGAUUUAGCCAACGGUCACGGAAUCCUGUUUGCAAAUGGAGACUCAUGGAAGGAGAUGAGACGCUUUGCUCUAACCAGCCUUCGUGAUUUUGGGAUGGGCAAACAACAAAUGGAAGAGAAAAUCAUUGAAGAGCUCCACUAUGUCACAGAUUUGUUUGAAAACUUCAAAGGUAAACCAUUUGACAUCACCAAAGGAUUGACCUACUCCAUGUCCAACAUCAUAUCAUCCAUUAUUUUUGGCAGUCGGUUUGACUAUACUGACCCUCAAUUCCAAGAAAUGGUCAAAACUUCAAACAGAAGUACACUUCUCUUGGGGUCACCAGGAGUCCAGCUCUAUAAUGCAUUUCCCUCCCUCAGCUGGGUGUUUAAGGAUAGGGAAGAUCUAAUGGAGAGUUUCAGAUGCAAUCUAUUUCAGAUUAAAAGACUCAUAAGUAAGCUUCAGGAAACCUUUAAUGCUGAGGACAGGAGAGGGUUUGUGGACUCCUUCCUCAUCCAACAACAAAAGAUACCCUCGCAGCGAAAUUCUGCCCACUACCAUAACGAGAACCUCUUAAUUAGUGUGGCUAACUUGUUUCUAGCUGGAACUGACACCACUGCGACCACACUGCGUUGGGGCCUGCUGCUUAUGGCCAAGUACCCCGAUAUACAGGACCGCGUACAGGAGGAGCUGGACAUGGUCACUGGGGGUCGGCAGACUCGAGUGGAGGACAGGAAGAACCUGCCGUAUACAGACGCCGUCAUCCACGAGAUACAGAGACUGGCCAACAUUGUUCCGUUGAAUGCCCUGAAUGUCACAAGGUCUGACGUGGUCUUCCGGGGAUACCACAUAAAAAAGGGGACCACUGUCAUCCCGCUGUUGACGUCUGUACUUUAUGAUGAGAGUGAAUGGGAGACUCCCCAUACCUUCAACCCCGGCCACUUCCUGGACGAUCAGGGCCGCUUCAGAAAGAGGGACGCCUUCUUGCCCUUCUCUGCAGGGCGUCGGGCGUGUCCUGGAGAGAGUAUGGCCAGGAUGGAGCUCUUCCUCUUCUUCACCUCACUCCUGCAGAAGUUCCGUUUCACUCCACCUCCUGGGGUGACUGAAUCUGAUCUGGACCUCGCUCCAGUUGUAGGCUUAAUACUUAACCCCUCCCCCCAUAAACUCUGUGCUGUAAAUCGGGCCUGAAGCUCCUGAACUCUGCUGGUUCAGAUGCAGAGAUGUUGA